AUGGCCUCCUUUCCACACGUGACAUCCUACCUCGACGCCAGCUCCCCUUCCGGACCAAGUAACUACUACGAGCGCGCCGACUUCCGCAACUUCCGCGCCCGAUACCGCGAUGAAAGCUCGCAACUAGCCCCCGGGGUGCGCGAUGAAUACCGAAACCCACUGAGUCCCAUGCGCUCCACCAACCGCGACGCAAGCGGCAACUCGCGCCGCUGGUCUGGUCUUCCUCCCGGUACGCCGGGGCUCUCUGGAAAGAGGGUUUCAAAAUCCCCUGCGCACCAUCACCGCCAGGCCGCGGCGAAUGGAAAUGUCCUGGAGCCUUUGGCGCAGGUAGUUCCACGGGCCCCGGAUACUUCGCCAGAUGUUGCGUGUUAUCAACCUACUGGAUAUCCUGGGCUUGCUCCGCCAGCGCCAUAUGCUCCAGGCACGAAUGGUAAGGGUAAGAGUGCGGGGCCUGCUACAAGGAGCGAGAGAACCACAUCGUACGCGCAAAGCCGCUUCAGCAGUAGUUCUCUAUCCGAGCAGAUUUCCGUGCUCGAAUUGCCGUUGUCCAUGACGACGGCUUCGGUUGGGGGCAAGGGGAGAACGCCGUUGCUACCUGCGAGACUGGACACUGCGGCUUCGCGAUCGGAGCGGUCGUCGUCGUCUUUGACGUUUGUUACGGGUGUUUCGGGGCAAGCAUCGGGUUCGGGGGCGAGUUCGGGUGGGGAGGAAGAGGGCGAGGGUGAGAGACAGGGCGGGGAGGGUGAUUGUGUGGAUGAUGACGGGGCGUCUGUUUCUUCGGCAUGCACGACGCAUACGACUUUGCACCAUCCUGUUUCUCUUCCGAGACAGAGUUCCCAUUUACACUCCAACCUCUCUCUUCACAACCACGCCAACUCUUCUACCCCCACCCCCACCACUACAACAUCCACCACUACAUCCACAACCACACCUACAAUCCAACCCCCAUCAACUCGCCGCUCCUCCCUCCGCAGAAUCCCCUCCCUCCACCACCUCCGCGCCCUCUCCGCCACUUCACAACUAGCAUCCAGUACCGCACCCCCCGAACCCGAAACACACAGCGAAAGUACGGAUUCUACACCUGUGCAAACAGGCACCGCUACGGCAACAGCUGUUACCAUGACCACAGGUACAGCCGCAAAUGCAGUCACAGCUGCAGGUCCAGGUCCAGGUACGGCUAGAGUCCUGCAUAUUCAGCGCGCGCUCGAGGUCAGGGGGUGUGAGGGUGCGCCGACGAUUCGCGUUGUGCGGGUUGAGGAUGAGGGGGAGGGGGGUGCUUGA